AAAAAAUUACAAUCGGCGAGAGGAAGGAAAAAAAAAAAAAGAGAGAGAGAGGAGGUUUCGCGACCAGAAAGAGCCGCCGGCGGAAUCGAGAGGCCAAGGCCGUAGUCAAAGAGCUUGAUGGAAAAGUUGAGUGCACCGUUAAUAAGUCGCCGGAGGAAACUGUUUGAUCUUUGUAGAUGUCCUGCAGGUGCAUUGUUUCCGCCGAGGAGCUCAGGUGCUGGACUUACUUUCUUGUGCAGAGGAAGACUGUGAAGGCUCGCGAAAGACAGCCUCUUGACAUCUUUGUUCACCGUCACGCGGUGAAUCACGCUCUUACACCAGAAGCAUCUUCUCAUCCACAGGAAGUGUUGUCUCUCUGGUGCUUGUGCUUGAACCAAGAGCUGGCCUUUGCGACGGCGGAAGAACGUAACGGUCAGGGGCACAAGAGAACCGGUUUUUGUUUGCACCUUUUUAAACCGGUGACGAGCUUAACAAACCGUUUCAGGGGCAAAAUCGUCCUUUCCGGUGGGGCAUCGUGAUCAGGCUUCUUUCUAACGUCUUCUCUGGAUUUACCGCCAUUCAUAAAGGUUUUAAGAUAUUUUGGUUUCAAUUUUUAAGGAAAUAGUAUCAAAAUAAGAAACAAUUUUUUGUUUUGUGUUGACGUCAUUUAUGAGGUUCAAAUAUCGGUCGAGAUUCAUGGACCCGCACUAAAAUAAUGAAGUUGUAUAUUAAUAUUUUAACAUAGACAAUUAAAUUCAAUGGGCUUUCAAACGUUUUGAGAAUUG